AUGGGGGCCGAGUACAGUACAGAAGACAAUGAGAGUGUGGGAGCCCCAGCCUGUGUGCACAGUAGCCAUCGGUCAGUACUCGGAAAUUUAGGGAAGGAGGUGCCCUGGGGACAGGUGGAGGAAAGAUCGGCAGAGACCAACUCCAAUGUGGACAGCUCAGCCCAGCCUUCUGUGGCCCAGCUGGCUGGGCGGUUCCGGGAGCAAGCAGCUGUGGCCAGAGAGACACCAGCCAGUAAACCAACAAGAAGGAAACCGCCCUGCUCCCUCCCCCUGUUCCCCCCCAAGGUAGAGCUGGGCCAGAAUGGUGAGGAGAAAUCACCAUCCAACACCAGCCACCCACCUAAAAUCAAGGUGAAGAGCUCUCCGCUGAUUGAGAAGCUUCAGGCCAAUUUAGCCUUUGACCCAGCAGCUCUUCUGCCUGGGGCUUCACCCAAAAGUCCUGGACUCAAGGCUAUGGUGUCACCAUUUCACAGUCCCCCUUCCACACCCAGUAGCCCCGGCAUCCGGUCUCAGCCAGAAGCAGAAGAGGUACCUGUGAGUUUUGACCAGCCCCCGGAAGGGGCUCACCUGCCUUCUUACAAUAAGGUGCGGACUAGAGGCUCAAUAAAAAGACGUCCUCCCUCCCGGCGAUUCCGGCGAUCUCAGUCGGACUGUGGGGACCUUGGAGACUACAGGGCUGUGGAACCAUCUCAGGAAAAUGGUGCCAGGGUAGAGAAUGGCGAUGAUGUGUUCCCUAGCAACAGCAAGGCCCCCGGGUCGCCCCCAUCCAACCAGGAGUCCAUGGGAGAUGGGGUAGAGGGAACCCUGGGAGCCACAGAAAAGCCUCCUCGAAGGAGCUUGUGCAACAGCACAGAGAAGCCAGAAGAAUGUACUGGGACCCCAGAGGAGGCCAAUGCAGGAGAGAAGGCUGGACAGAAUCCAGACACAGCUAGCCAGGCUGGUCUGGAGGUCCCAGAACCACCCCAAACCUGCAACACAGAGGCUGAGAAAGGGUGCGAGAGUCAACUGGAGGGGACAGAAGCUGGAGAGCAUACAGACGCAGGGACGGCCACAGAACGGACAGCCUCUGAGGAGAGUUUGGCAGAUGAAGAGGAAGGGUUCGGACAGAAAAGCCCAGCUGCAAAGACACCAGAGGAGGGAGCAGUCAGGGAGAAAGCACCCCAAAGUCCGGAGCAAAAGGAGAGGCCACCUCUGGAGCCAGGCUGCAGCCCAGGGGUCGACAACACCCCAGCAGAGAACAGCAAUGAGAUCCAGAAUACUCAGGAAGCCCCCACGGAUGGCAUCCCCAUCGAGGAUACACGAAUGUGAUGAAGAGCUCGCGGUGCCGGUGAUGAAGCCACUGGAGACAUCUCCCUGGAAACAGCAGUGUCAAUCGCAGCGGCUGCAGCGCAUGAAGCCACGGUGGAAGCGGAAUCACUGAGCAUUUGGAGUCGGCCCAGGAUGCCGGGCGAAUCAUCCCUCAUUGGAGAUCAGAGUUGGGGACAGUAGAGUUUUAUCAACUUGAGUUUGUGUCAUUUGAUGGACUUGACACAAAGUUAAACGUACUGAAAGAAUUGGCUGUGGCGACUGUACUGUUGACCCCACCUCUUCCUGCAGCUGACCUCCCGACUAGGCUCUGGUUGAGCUUCUGUAAAGUUGCAGCCUUUUUAUUGUUCUAAACUUUUUAUGGCUCUCAGAUGUAACUUAAAACUAAUUUCAGGUAGAUAAAAAAGAUAGUCUUGUGGAAAAUAAAAUCCUCGAAGUUGCAGAGAGCUGAAAGCAUAUCAAAA